AUGACAACAACAUCCCGCAUUCAACCCGCAGCAACAGCAACAAUUUCUCGCAUCAAGGCUAGAUCAACCACAUCAGUUACAGCAGAUGAAUCUUCUAUCCAGGAUGUUGCUUCCACCAUCUCGGCAGCACAAAAAGGAAAUGAAAAGUCUACUUUUGCGGAUUUGAAUGUAUCACCCUGGCUUGUGGCAUCUCUAGCCAACAUGGCCAUCAAAAACCCUACUCGCAUUCAAUCAGCCGCCAUCCCCGAAAUUCUGUCCGGACGCGACUGUAUCGGCGGCUCUAGAACCGGAUCAGGAAAAACCGUCGCUUUUGCCGUUCCUAUCUUGCAACAAUGGUCUAAAGAUCCCUUUGGCAUUUUCGGUUUGGUGCUCACGCCGACGAGGGAAUUGGCAUUGCAGAUUUUCGAACAGUUCAAAGCUAUUGGUGCGGUGCAGAAUUUGAAAGUUGUGCUUGUUACGGGGGGUAGUGACAUGAGGGCGCAGGCUAUUGCGUUGGCCGCUCGUCCGCAUAUUGUUAUUGCCACGCCUGGAAGAUUGGCAGAUCAUGUUAACAGUAGUGGUGAGGAGAGUAUUGCGGGCUUGAGAAGAGUCAAGUUUGUGGUUUUGGAUGAGGCGGAUAGAUUGUUGGCUAGUGGAAAGGGAAGUAUGUUGCCUGAUCUGGGAGUUUGUAUGGAGGUGUUGCCAGAAUCUAGUAAGAGACAGACUUGUCUGUUUACUGCGACUGUUACGGCAGAGGUUAGGGCGUUGCAGGAUAAACCUAGGACGAAGGGGAAGCCUCCGGUUGCUGUUUGUGAGGUUGAUCUUGACACCCUUGCUGUACCGGACACACUGCACCAAACGUACUGUCUGGUCAACGUCGUGCACAAGGAAAAGGUAAACCUCCAUCAUCUCAUCACAUCAUCAAAUCCUUGCCUAACAAACCCCACUACCAACGUCAAAAAAUCCACAAUCAUCUUCGUAAACCGCACCUCCACCGCAAACCUCCUCGAACACCUCCUCCGCUCCCUCGACCACCGCGUAACCUCCCUCCACUCAGCCCUCCCCCAAUCAGACCGCACAAACAACCUCGCCCGCUUCCGCGCAGGAGCAGCCCGCAUAAUGGUCUGCACAGACGUCGCCGCUCGCGGUCUCGACAUCCCUGAAGUUGGAUUGGUUGUAAACUAUGAUUUACCGCGUGAUCCGGAUGAUUAUGUGCAUAGGGUUGGUCGUACGGCGAGAGCGGGGAGGAAGGGUGUCAGUAUCUCUUUGGUGGGCCAGAGGGAUGUUGGGUUGGUGCAGGCGAUUGAGGGGAGGGUGAAGAGUCAGAUGGAGGAGUAUGUUGAGGAGGGUGUUAAUGUGGAGAGUAGAGUUGUGAGGGAUGCGUUGAAUGUUGUUGGUGAUAAGAAGAGAGAGGCACUCUUGGCUAUCGAGGAGGGUAGAGAUGUCAAGGGCAAGAGAAGAAAGGGUGCUCGUGGUGUGCAGAAGGCGUAGAUUUGCAUGUAGCAGGAGUUGGCGAAGCUUCCCUGCUGGCAGCUUGUAACAUACUAAUGCCAUCAGACAUGACAUGCUGAACAGAGAGUCUGAGCACCGUGCUCCAAAUAAACUAAGCGGUUGCUCACAGCGCACGUGAUAAGAAGUGUAAGAUAUAGACAAUAAGACAUGCAAUAGAAGAAAAGCAAC